CGUCCGCCCGGCGGGAACUACAUGUCCCGGGGUGCCGCGGGGCGCGGGGCGGUGCGGGCGCGGCGGCGGGGGCGUAGCGAAGAUGGCGGCGGGGGCGCUGCGCCCCGCUCCCGGCUGAGGCGCCGCGCGCUCCCUGCGCCUCAGUGCGGGCGGCGGCGAUGUCGGAGCCGGAGCACCUGGGCGGGAAGCGGGCCGAGUCGGCGCGGCUGCGGCGGGCCGAGCAGCUGCGGCGCUGGAAGGGCUCCCUGACCGAGCAGGAGCCGGUGGCGGCGGGGGGCGGCCGGGGCCGGCACCGAGGCGGCGGGGGGUCCCGCGUCCGCUUCGAGGAGGGGGCCGUCUUCCUGGCCGCCUGCUCCAGCGGCGACACCGAGGAGGUGAAGCGGCUGCUGGGCCGCGGCGCCCGCAUCGACACCACCAACGUGGACGGGCUGACAGCCCUGCACCAGGCCUGUAUAGAUGAGAACCUGGACAUGGUGAAGUUCCUUGUAGACAAUGGAGCCAACGUGAACCAGCAAGACAACGAGGGCUGGACCCCUCUCCACGCCGUGGCAUCGUGUGGCUACCUGAACAUAGCAGAGUACUUAAUUAGUCAUGGAGCCAACGUGGCUGCUGUGAACAGCGAAGGUGAAGUCCCGUCUGACAUCGCAGAGGAAGCAGCCAUGAAGGACCUGCUUCUGGAGCAAGUGAAGAAACAAGGUGUAGACCUGGACAUGGCAAGAAAGGAAGAGGAGCAGCAAAUGCUGCAGGAUGCCCGGCAGUGGCUGAACAGCGGGAGAAUCGAAGAUGUAAAGCAGCCUCGGACAGGUGCCACGGCUCUCCACGUUGCUGCGGCGAAGGGCUAUUCUGAAGUCAUGAGACUCUUGAUCCAGGCUGGGUUUAAUUUGAACGUCCAGGACAACGACGGCUGGACGCCGCUGCACGCUGCCGCGCACUGGGGGGUGAAGGAGGCCUGCUCCAUCCUGGCAGAGGCCCUGUGCGAUAUGGACAUCAGGAACAAGCUGGGCCAGACGCCGUUCGACGUGGCUGACGAGGGGCUGGUCGAGCAUUUAGAAAUGCUGCAGAAGAAACAGACUGUGUUGCGAAGUGAGAAGGAGACGAGGAAUAAGCUAAUUGAAGCCGACAUGAACGGCAAGCCUCAGAGCAGACUCUUCACCAACAAAGAGAAGAUUCUUUAUGAGGAAGACACACUGAAGUCCAUGGAAAUGGAGGAGGAGAACAAGGACUCCAGCAGUUCUAGUUCUGAAGAAGAGGAAGAAGCUGAAGAAGAUGAAGUUUCAGAAUCAGAUGCUGAAAAGGAGUCAGAAAGGAAGGAAGAGCCCUUUGCCAACCACUCCAGCCAUGAACCCAGGCCUAGCAUCACUGAGCAAAUACCGCCACCCGAGCCCAACUCCUUCACUGCAUCUGCCAGAAGAUUCAGUUGGCUCAGCAAGUCAGACGAGCAGAAGGAUGAGUCACCUUCAUCCUGGCGGCUGGGACUCCGGAAGACUGGCAGCCACAACAUGUUGAGUGAAGUCGCUGCUACUCGUGAGGCGCAGAGAGAUAAGACGACUUCUAUCUAUCGUUCUUCGUCAAGUCCUCGGAUAUCUGCACUAUUAGACAACAAAGAAAAGGAUAAAGACAACAAGAGCUAUCUUGCCACAAUAGCCCCCAGAAGACUGAGCAGUACGAGCGAUAUAGAAGAAAAAGAAAACAGAGAAUCGGCGGUUAACCUCGUGCGGAGCGGCUCGUACACCCGCCAGCCCUGGAGGGAUGAAUCAAAGGGAAACGAAGCUCCCCAUUCUGGUGCACCUACUACCUACGUAUCUACCUACUUGAAAAGUGCUUCAUUUGGUAGAAGUAGUGACCUCAGCAGUCCCUACAUUUCAGCCAGUCGCAAUACAUCUCUAGCUACCUCACCCACUACCAUGGGUUCAUCUACCUCCCUGGGCACCCCGUGGCACCCUGCCUCUGCCUGUCCCACAUCCCUCGGUGCGAACACUACUGCAUCAGCCCGCCAGUAUACCAGAGCCCCUUUCAGGCAACAAACUGAUUCUGCUGUAGAGAAAAAUACAGAGGGCAUCUCUGCUAGCACCCCCCUAGGUGUAAUCACAAAUCGUGCUAUACUCGGCUCUGCUAAUGGUAUUGCGAAUGCCGGUGCCGCCUCAACUACAGGAAAGGACUUCUCAGCUGAGGAAGCCAGGGAGCGCAGAAGGUCAUAUCUGACUCCGGUGCGGGAUGAGGAAGCAGAAUCACUGAGGAAGGCGCGAUCCAGGCAGGCCCGGCAGACUCGCAGGUCUACACAGGGUGUGACACUGACAGACCUUCAGGAGGCCGAGCGGACCUUCAGCCGGUCUCGGGCAGAACGACAAGCCCAGGAGCAGCAGAGCGAGAAGGCUGAGAGCACGGAGCCUGCUGGGGACAGCAGCGAGAGGCAGGAGACCCGGUCCCGGUGGAGCAGAAAUACAGACGAGGAGACUGUCUAUCGGCGAUUAAGGUGCCCAGUACAACCAGACAAACCUACGACACCUGUAUCUCCUUCGACGUCAACACCUCUCCUUUAUACAAGUUCAUACCUGUCUCGAACAAAUAAGUAUCUAGGUCUUGACUCGGUGAAUCCGUCUGACUUCAGAGGUGCAGCCACAGAGAUGGAGAAGAAUGAGUGUGAAGAUCAGGAUUUAGACGACAGAUCUCUGAACAAACAGUCAAUCCGAGAGAGGCGGCGGCCAAAAGAGAGACGAAGAGGCACCGGCAUCAUUUUCUCGACAAAAGAUGAUGAUGAUGAAGUUGAUGGAAAUGAGGAGGUGAAGGAAACUCGGCAUGAAAGACUGUCCAGGUUGGAAGCCGCUACGAACCCCACCACCAGCGACUCCUCCUACAGCGACCGUGCCUCCAGCCGCUCCAGUGCCUACACCCGCAGGGAGAACCGGUUAGCCGCCCUCAGCAGCAGGGCAGAAGAGGAGACUAACAGGGACUAUAAAAAAUUAUAUGAAAGCGCCCUGUCUGAAAAUCAAAAGCUGAAGUCAAAACUGCAGGAAGCCCAGCUUGAGUUGGCCGACAUCAAAUCGAAGUUGGAAAAAGCCGCCCAGCAGAAACAGGAGAAAACUUCUGACCGGUCCAGCAUGCUGGAGAUGGAGAAAAGGGAGAAGCGAGCCCUGGAGCGGAAACUCUCGGAAAUGGAAGAGGAGAUGAAGAAUCUCCACCAGCUCAAACAGAUUCACACUCUGAGGCAGAUGAAUGAGCAACUGCUGGCUGAAAACAGGGCUCUGACCCGGGUCGUAGCCAGACUUUCUCUGCCUGCCAAGCCCUCCGAAUCAGAGGAGCUGUAGCUGCUUUCCCUCCGGCUCAUCUCGCCUCCCUCUUCCACUCUUCCAGGCAGGUCUCCGCUCCCUUGGCCGGGCUGUCCCUCCCCCCUCGCCUCCUUGCUCCCGAGGGCGACUGAUGCAGCUUGUGGCUCAAAAGCAGCAUGUGGCAAAGGAAAAGCCAAAAAGCAUGGUGUUACUGCCCGGCUGGAGGCUCUGUUCGGUCCUGCUGACUUUUGCUGUGCUUGGCAGGCGACGCCGCCCUCGCCGUUCUAACGACCGCGUCGGGGGCUUGCCUUCUCCUUGCGGAUGGGGUCCGUGUCUCCCGUCAUCCUGGAGAGAACUAGGAGUCAGCCAGGAGGGAACUAAGAGGACGGGCUCCCUGCCGUGCCGGGAAGGCGUAGAGUUGGGUGGAUGGCACCAGGGUGGCUACUGAUGGACCAGCUGCUUCCCCGUGGCUUAACGCUGGCCAAUGGCUUGGAGGGUGGCUCGUCAGUGCUGGGGGUCAGCCAGCAGCCCCCUCCCCGUCGCCUUACCUCGAAACAGGUGGUUUGUGCGAUGUGUCUGUUCAUAAUGUAAUUCUUUUUUAAUUGGGCUUGGUUCAGUAAGAAGCCGGCACCCAGCAAAGAAGAUCAUCCGAAGGCAGAAUGAACAAUGUGAUGCAUUUCUAGGGGUGUUACGAAAAGCGCACAUUUUGGACAGGAAGGUGAUUUUUAGAAAACCUACAACUGGGCAGCCCUCAGCAGGUUUUCUUGGUCGCUUGAGGAAAGAGAACAAGCUCCUUCCCGCAUUUUAAAGCGCCUGAGUUCAGUUUUGGAGCCUGAGUUCGCGGGCUGCAGCACCCCCUCUGCCUCCUGCCCUCAGCUCCAGCGCAGCCCGCGGGGACCCACCACACGCGCAUCCUUUUUUCGUCUUCUGUUUUAAAUUCAGUGCAGCGCAAUUAGUGUUUGAAAUCCAAGGACAAGCCUUCCAAAGGCUGUGCCCUCACACAUCACACAGUUAAAUUACAUCAUUCCUUGCUACUUCAUUGGUUCGGCGCUAAAAUAGAGCUGUAAAUGAUUCUUUCUUAGGGCCCUACUUGUCUUUUGCAGGUUAGUAGGGAUAUUCAGGUCCUUUCAGACAUAGCUUUUUUUUUUUUAAAAAAAAGGAAGAAGCAGUAUGCUCUCGUGGGCUGGAAGUGGCACUAAGGCAUAAAAAAAUCUAUUCUUAGCACACAAAUUAUACCAAGGCUGAUUAACCGUAGUAACAAACUAACCAGGGGAAUUGCGGCUUCCCCUUUCCGGGAGUCUCAGUUCAAGCCCACGUGCGGAUCACAGGGGGAUGGUUGGUGUUAUCUGGCCGGAAUUGUGCAGAUGGUCAGAUUAAAUGAUCUCACCGUCUUUCUGGUUUAAAUCUGCGAAAAGUAUUCUCGGCCCUGUCACUGACUCAUUCCUUCUCACAAGCGGUGAGUUGAAGUCAUUCUCCUUCCCGACGUGCUUUGACAUCUGAGAGGGAAAAUUGAGUAAAACUAUUUCCAGACUCGGGGAAAUAAUGUUUCACAAACUGUAAGUCACCGGUGUUUCUUCUGCUCCUAGGAAAUACCCACGUUAUCGCUUUCCGCCCGCUGGCCCCGCUCUGCUCUGCCGCUUCCCGCUUCGCCUGUAGGUCUGCGGUUGGCUGCUGGUGGCCGGGCUGGAGGAGCCGCGGCUCCGCGAGCUCUGCUGAGGGUUUUUCAGCUCCUUUAGUAGGUCUAACGGAGGAUGUUGCUGGUACCUGCAAACCUUGUCUCACCGGUGUCUGUAGAUAUCACAGCGAUACAGUAAUGUCACUGUUGGACAGAUUUACCGUGCUCUUGCAGCAGUGGUGCUUUUCAAAGAAUCUCAUUUUCCAAAAUCCACGUAAUUUCUGAAGUCUCCCCUUCUCCGGUGUCACAGGUAACACCCAGCGCCGCUGCUCGGGCCAGCCUCUAGCCCAAAACUCACUUUACGCCAACGCUGCGUCAUGGUCGGUGUCACCGUCCCCCGUGGCCGUGCCACAUCCCUCCUUACCCUUCCCAAUUAGGCACUGACGAACCUUCAGGGUUCAGGCCCCGCGUGACCAGCCCGCUUCACCUGCAUUCGUUUUACCCGACUCAAGGCUUCUUUGCUCCGAAGUGGGGAAUGCCCUUGGCCUGGGAGGAAUGGAAUGUUGUCAGAUGGAUUUUUAGUUUUCAGGAAGCUUCACUGGGAAUGGAUGGAGUAGGGUCACAGCCGGGAAACUUUUCGAGAAGCGCUUGCUUUACACGUAUUUCUUCCUUUUUGAAUAAAUCCCCAAAGUUGCACGCGUGCAAGGCGUUGCCACCUUCAGAGCUCCCAGUGAGCUGUAGAACCGGGCUGGUUGCUCCCUGCUGUGGCCUCUGGGAACCUGUGACAGAUUGUCUCUACCAAAGCAAGUGGCAGAACUUCCUACCAGCACCUCAUUGCAGGGAUGGACACGCUCCAGACGGCAAGGCCACCCCAAGCGGUGACGUAGAGAGGACGGGGACUGUCCGUCGCAGACCCCAGUAGGUGGUCGACCUGCCGCAGUGUGCCGGACCGGGAGGCACCGUGCGUGUUGUGGGUGUCAGAUGAAGCUCAGGAGGGAGCGGAGGAGCGCGGAGUGAGAUGGCGAGUGCUCGCCCCGUUUCUCUGGGCUCCUUUGGUGGUGGGCGAUGCCUCUCGUUUGGCCGUGAGAAAUUGCAUAAAGAGGCAUGACUGCUCUUCUGGUGACAGCCCUGUCGUGGAGGUGUCGCUGUCGCGCCACCGCGGGGUCCAGUGAGACACUUGUAAGCGUCAUCAGCCGAAGCUCUGGCCAGCCCAUCACACAGUUUUACUCUUUCCCCAAUAUCUCGCCAUGCUGCACUUCUCCUCCUCCUCCUCUGUCUUGCAAAACCUCCCAUGGAGCAUCCCCCGCCAGCGCCAGCGGGGACGGGCGUGUUGGGAGGAGGGAAUUGCUCCCACGGAGCGGUGGGAGCUGGCGUCCGCCCCGGGACCGGCCCGCGCUCGGCAGCGGCGGCAGCCGUGGAGGGGCUGCAGAUGCGAGGACCGGGCAGGAGGUGGUGGUCAGAGCCAAAACUCCAGCUUAGGAGGAGGGAGAAGGUUUCGUGGGGAUUUUGAAUUUUGGGGGGGAAUUCCUCUGAGAUCUGCCUUGGCGGAGAGAUGUCAUCGCUGAGCUCAUACCGGUGCCGUUCGUGCCUGCGUGUCCCCGCUCCGCCCUGGCGUGUUCAGCGGGCUCCGGGGCUGGUCGCCCUCGGGGCUGCUGGCACCCGUGGGGUGAGUUACACCCUCUGACACCCGGGACGGGAGCACGGGGUCUCCUUCCCAUCCCCGAACGGCGGGGAACGCUCCCCUGAAGGUCACCCGCCUGCACGGUGGGAAGCAAGGGGAGUCGGGAGGGUUUUUGUGCCGAUGAGAAAUGCUGGAAAGGUCUUGUUGAAGCUGUUUCUUCCUCUAUUUCUAAUUAAAAGGCUUUUGUCUGUGCUGCAGUCCCUGGUUGAGCUCCAGCAUUAACCACUGGGCACCAAGGAGGUAGCUCAGGAUGUUCUGCCAGUCCCCUGGCCGUGGCAUGCGCGUGUGCGUUAAACAUCUGUCAGGUCCCAAAGAGAUUUGGGUUUGUUCUAACAAGGUUUUGCAAGCCAGGCUUGGUCCAGUCCUGAGCGAGAAUUCCAGACCUUUGUUUUCCCCUCUAGUCCUGGCAAAAUGGAAAAAAACAAAUGAGACAAAACAGCUUUACGCUUUUCUGCGGAGCCCUAAUUAGCCUCUGGGAACAGGUUUGGGAUGAAAGAGCUCAGAAAAGGGUCUUGCCCUCCCAGCCUGGUCCUGACCUGGUGCUGGGGCCGUGGCAACGCUUCUCACCACGGCCUUUCCCGGCUCCGGGGGCUCCCUGGCUCUUUGCAGUGCUCGUGUCGCCUCUCGGCCCCUCCGCCCCUGAUGCCCGGUUUGUAAAAAUCCUGGAGACAAUGACAGAGAAAUUACUGACAUUGAGAAUGCGCUGGGCGGAGGGGAUGCGGCGUCCCUGCUGCUCCCUCCGAGCCGCAGGGCUCGUCCAGCCGGCAGCGCCGAGCCGUGAUCCCACCUUGUCUUUGUCUC